UUUCAUUGAGUUAGUCAGUCGCUCGUGUACGGUCAUGGUGUACAGUUGAUAAAGUCAGUUUAUAAAUGUGAUUUCGUUUCGCAAUUUUACUUUUAUUUUGUGGUUCGUGGAGAUGAUUUGAUAGGAAGUUUAAUUAAAUAAAUAUGUUGUAACAGUCGAGCAUAUAUUCUCUGAAGAAGGUAGUUUAGGUGUGCACUGUUAACUGGACUCUCAAUCAGCAAAAAGUACGCUUAACACACAGAAAUGGCGCGUGUUACGGCUGGUGAUAAUUUGAUGCCGAAAAAUGUUUUCGAAGAGAAGGGCGAAUCAUCUAAAGAUGACUCUUCCAGCGGCGAAGUGAAAUUGAAAAAAGAACUGGGAUUGCUUGAUGGCGUGGCGAUUAUUGUUGGUGUUAUCAUUGGUGCGGGAAUUUUUGUGUCGCCAAAAGGUGUAAUCAAUUAUUCCGGUUCAAUCGGUCAAGCGCUGAUCGUUUGGGUUUGCUCGGGAAUAUUGAGUAUGGUUGGCGCUUUAUGCUAUGCUGAAUUAGGAACGAUGAUACCAAAGUCCGGUGGGGAUUACGCGUAUAUAGGUGUGGCGUUCGGUCCAUUGCCUGCAUUUUUAUACUUAUGGGUAGCGUUACUAAUUCUGGUACCAACUGGGAAUGCAAUUACUGCUUUAACAUUUGCUCAAUAUUUACUUCAACCUUUCUGGCCAACCUGCGAUGCACCAAUUGAAGCUGUACGCUUGUUAGCAGCUGUAAUUACGUGCCUUCUGACCGUUAUCAACUGUUACAAUGUAAAAUGGGUGACCCGUGUGACUGACAUAUUUACAGGAACAAAAAUCUUAGCAUUAUUGGUAAUUGUCGCAGCUGGUGUGUGGUGGUUGUGUAGUGGAAAUACACAGAAUUUCGAAGAUCCCUUUAUGGGUUCCAAAACAACGCCUGGAUACAUAGCAUUGGCCUUUUACAGUGGCUUAUUUUCGUAUUCCGGUUGGAAUUAUUUGAAUUUCGUAACUGAAGAGCUCAAAGAUCCGUACAAAAAUCUUCCAAGAGCUAUCUGCAUUAGCAUGCCCUUAGUAACUAUCAUUUAUGUGAUCACAAAUGUUGCGUACUUUGCAGUACUCAGUACGGAUUCCAUUUUAUCUUCAGAUGCUGUGGCUGUCACGUUCGCAAACAAAAUGCUGGGCUGGUUCGCCUGGAUUAUGCCUCUAUUCGUGGCAUGCUCAACAUUCGGAUCGCUGAACGGCGCUAUAUUCGCUUCAUCUCGUCUAUUUUUCGUCGGUGCCCGAAAUGGUCAUUUGCCGGCAGCUAUAUCACUGAUCAACAUAAAUUGCCUAACGCCGAUUCCAUCGCUAAUAUUCAUGUGCAUUCUAACGAUAAUACUGUUGUUCAUCCGAGACGUUUAUGUGCUAAUUAACUAUGUAAGCUUUGUCGAGGCUCUGUUCACAUUGAUAUCAGUGUCCGGUCUGUUAUGGCUGCGGAAAAAGCAACCGGAUACGACUCGGCCGAUUAAAGUGAAUUUGCUCAUUCCAUGCAUUUAUUUACUGACGUGCGGCUUUCUUGUGAUAUCGUCGAUUUAUAAGUCGGCCCUUGAAGUUGGUAUCGGCACAGCCAUUAUCUUAUCGGGAAUUCCAGUUUAUUAUGCCACCAUUCAUCGACCGAUUGAUUUUCUGACGAACAUGUCACAGAGUAUAAAUACAUUUUGUGCGAAAUUCUUUGUAUGUGUUCCAAAUCAAGAGAAAUUUGAUUGAUAUUUACUUAGUGUUCCAACGUAAUAUAUACAAUAAAAAAAAGAAAAGAAAAACGUAAAAAAAACCAAACGUAAGACGAUAAGUUUCCAAUUAUUAAAUUUUUUUUUUAAAUGAAAUUAUUGUGUCAAUUCUAUUGGCUCUGAGAGCUGCGUAUGAAUUUGAAAAUUUUGUAUUGCAAUUUUUAUAUUUAAUAUGCAAUUUAGUGCGUAAGAAUGAUGUAAAUAUAAGCAAACUGCGUCAAUUUCAGAUUUUACAAUAAAUAA